GAUUAUUAUCAACACACAGACGGCCUGCGGUCGCCGCGGGAGAAGGAAUAUUCACGAAAGCGGCAAAGACGCCCAUUAAAUUGUUUAACAAAAGAAUUUUGGGGAUAUCCCCCCAUCUGUAACUCAACUACCUCAAGUAAAGCAUAGUUUAUCAAAGUGAUGAACCAUUUAUUUGUUUUCAUCGAAUAAUUUUUUUAAUGAACUUUUCUGUUUUUAAUUGUGGCAUUGUUAAGAGAAGAAAACAGGUGCAGACGAUAAAUUUACUUACCCAGCAUGCCGCCUUGCGAUGCCAUGUUUGUGUGUCUUCAUGUGUCCUGCUAAAGAAUGAACUGGCAUGUUUGGAUUGUGAAUAAAUUAGGUUAUUAUAACUUAUGUGAUAAAUAACGGAAGGAAAAGUUGUAAACAAAAGUGGAUGCGAUGUCACGCAGGAAGCAGGAGAAACCGCAACCCAGGAAAAACCUGAUAGGUGAAGCGGAUGUAGUGCAAUUCCAAGACAUACUGACAUGCGGUGUUUGCCAAAAAGACUUCCCCUUGUCAGAUAUAGUGCGCUUCAUCCAGCACAAAGUGCAACUUUGCAAUAAGGAGAACUGCAUGGGCAUCUACGAAGACAGUGAGGACAGUCAAGAUCCCUCUGCUCUCACCAUCUCUGUCAAUAAAAAAGAAGAGACCAAUGUUUGUAAAGAUGAACUGUUGGUGUCCUCGUCUUCCCUCCUCAGAAAAUCUAUAACAGCCAAAGAUACCUCAGUCAACACAAAUGGCAAUUUGUUAGAGCCAAGAAGUUAUAUUUGUUAUACAUGCAAGCAGAGCUUAACGUCAGCAUGGGCCCUCAUACUUCAUGCGCAAACUGCACAUGGAAUCAACAUCUGUGCUGACACUACCUCUAAUGACGAGAAAUUUGAAAAAUCCAUCGAUUCUUCAUCCGCCCUCAAUCAUUCAUUUAACCUUAGAGCACCUCUUCUCGAACGCCAAAUGGACCCAAAUCCUCUAUUUUCUCGCAACUCUAGUCAAGAAUUACGUUUAGAUCUCAUCGGCAAGUCUUCCACCCACCUGACCAAUGGAUCAGUUGCAAGUACAACACCACCACCUUUACUUGAACCACCUCAGUUGUCCAACUGUGAACCAAUGCAAGAUUUCUACUCCCAAAGACUGAGAGUUUUGGCAGGAGCAACCAGUCCAAAAGCUUCUUCUACUCCUCGAAAACUUUUACAAACUGCAUUUAAGGUUAAUCUAAAUAGCAAAAGUCCCCGUGUUCCAACACCUCCCGAGUCCUCUUUAAGUUCUCCAGACAAACCAGACCAGACUAACCUCAAUUCUUCAGCUUCCUCCACAACUAGUGACCACAAUCAGAAUUCAUCUGCCAAAAAUAGACUAUGUGAGUAUUGUGGAAAAUCUUUCCAAUUUAAAAGCAAUCUUAUAGUACACCGACGUUCGCAUACUGGUGAAAAACCUUUCAAGUGCCACAUUUGCAAUCAUGCCUGCACUCAGGCUAGCAAGCUCAAAAGACACAUGAAAACACAUCGGGGUAAAAAAAUUAGUUUCGAUGGUACUAUCAAGUUAUCCCCAAAUCAUAAUAAUGAAAACGGUGACCAUAAAGAUACAUCAAAUGAUGGCAAAUCUAAAACCAAUUUAGAAAAACAUAUGAAUGGAAACGGAGAUUGUGCUUCUGAUGAGGGUGAUGAAGAAGAAAUUGAUGUUGAAGAAGAAGAAAUUGACGAAGAAGAACUAAACGUCGAUUGCAUAGAAGAAGACGAACCGAGAGAAAAUGGUGAGGGUAAUUUGGUGAUAGACCAUUCUCGAGAAGAUGAUGGUAUGGUUGCAGAAGAUUUAACGAAAAAGCCACCUCUGAACAAUGGCAUUAAAAAAGAAGAAAAUGAACAAGUGAAUGACAAAAAAUUGAUUAAGCACUCCGUGGUGAGUGAAUUUAUGGAAAAAAUCGGGUUUUGCCGCAUACCUCAGUAUAACGAAGCAUAUAAACAAGCCUUAAAAGAAAGUUCAUAUCGAAAUUCUAUUAAAGCUGAAAAUGGUUCAUCGGGUACGGACAAUAGUGCUUCCAACGAUGCUGGAAGCCACCACAGUUACGAUGUGCCUUUUCACCAUCUUGAAAGGCCCCCUCGUGAAGGAACUCGCAGUGCUGGACAGUCACCGCUCAACUUUGGUGUUGGUGUCUUAGAUCCCCUGGACCAUUCUCUGAAUUUAAAACGAAUGAGACUAGACGAACAAUGGAAAGACAAAGAGCGAGAAGGUAACUUCUCAUAUGCCGGAGUGUGGUACCCGCGUGUAGAGCAUGCAGUAUCUACCUUCAGAGAACUUUACAAAGAAGAUGGUCACCACAACCAUCGCAAUAAGUCAUCCACAGAAAGUGCCUUGAUCUCUGGUGACAAUGGUCGAACAAGCUUGAGCCCUUUACCGGGACCAAGCACAGCUUUAGUUCUUGCCAACAGUAUCAUCAAACCCAAAGGAGAACAGCGCAGGAACGACACCUGCGAAUACUGUGGCAAAGUCUUCAAGAACUGCUCAAAUCUGACUGUGCAUCGUCGCUCGCACACUGGUGAGAAACCGUACAAAUGUGAACUUUGUAGUUAUGCCUGUGCUCAAAGCUCAAAAUUAACUAGACACAUGAAAACGCAUGGUAGAUCGGGAAAGGAUGUUUACCGGUGCCGCUUCUGCGACAUGCCUUUCUCUGUGCCAAGCACAUUAGAGAAACAUAUGCGCAAGUGCGUCGUUAGCCAAAGUGGUAAUUCACCUUAUAUUUUAUCCGAACGAGAUUCGGAUUCCAAAGAAAUGACUAUUUAUGACCCCUAAGUCACAUCAAAACAAAAAAUUACUGGUUUUUAAAUGCUGUAAACAAUAUCAUCAAUUAUGAAUCCGAAUUAUUAUUCUUUUUUCUAACAAAGAACGUAGUUUAAGCUGUAGACAUAUUUUUUUUUAUUAAAAAAAUUUGGUUACAAAAAUAAUUUAUUAAAUAGACAUAUAAGGAGUUAUAUAAUCGCUACCCUUAAUUAUGUACUUUUUUUAAACCUUGACAAAAUGAAAAAUCUACUUAUUAGGGAGGAGAAAAUACUAUCAAAAUUUGACUAAUUACUAGCAUGGUCAAUCACACAAAGGAUAGAAUUAAAACCAUCAAAAGGUGAUAGCAGGUGAAAUUGAAGGGUAAUUCCUAAUGUAUGGAAAACACUUUUCACUUUGACCUGACUAUUGUUGUAUUUCAUUUCACUUUUAAUCUGGUUAACUUAAAAAUGAUUCAUAAAAUUUUGAUAACAUUUCUUUGUAUUUCACUUAUAAAUUUGUAGUAAUGUAAAAAUUUUAAUGACUUUAUUUCCGACUAGGAUUUUAAAAUUUUAUCUCACUGAAAUAUAUUUAAAGUUUUAUAUCAGACUUUUAAGAAUGAAUUUUUUUUCUUCCCGUUUUUGAAUUAUUGAUCAGGAAUGAUGAUAUAUUGCAGCAUUUAUUGACUGGUUUUCAUUUGAAUCGCUCAAACCAUUUUGCUUUGUGGUAUUUCUUUAUUUUGUUAGAUCCUAAAUACAGUUCACCCGACCAAACAUUCUUAGCAGUGUGGAGUUUAGGUACGUGUAAUUAUUGUAGUUUCCUGCUGUAAACAUUUUUUAUUAGAUGAAUCUAUAUAUAUUAAUGAGUUUUGCGGUGCCAAAAUAUAUCUGUUAGUUGUUGAAAGGAAGAAAAAAAAAUGUGUGUACUUACAUCAUAUACUGUGUUCGCUUUUAUGCUGUAUUAAAUUAUCACCAAGUUAAAUUUUUUCUUAAAAUUUUCACGUUUCGGGCAAAUUUUUUGUAGUUUUGUGUAUUAUUUUGUGUUUUGUUACGUGAUCUUUAUAACUCCACCUCAGGAAUGUAGGUACUUAUAAGUUUUCGCACCUGUUAAGUAAAAAAAAAAACUUUUUCUACUCCCUUUUCUGCGUUUCUAACUCUCAUUUUAACGACAGGAUUAUUUUAACA